GGCUCGUUGUUUCCACUUGGUUUCCACGCUAUGUUCGAUAAUGUCCUCUUCAAUCAGUCUAACGCUAAAUCCAGUCCCCGGUUUCUGCGUAAAAUCUAGCGCGCUCCAACAAGCCGUCGUCCCCAGAACCGCCACUAGUCUUUCUUCUAGUGCGCCCUCCGACACUCCAGGAGCACCACUCGCUAUCCCGAAAGGACUUAAAGUUUUUGUUAACAUAGCUUGGGACACGAACGUGCCCCCACCUUCACCUGGUAGUGAAGACAAAAUUCAAAAAGUAAUUCGUGGCCAAGACCACAAUGAAUCAAAUUCCGAUGGAUGGUUCAUCCCCGUCCUAGUGUCAGAUCUUCGCGAUGACAAAGACAAAGCCGGGAAACCGGCCCUUGUCGUCGACUGUGUCUUCAACCCAUCCAUCAAGUCUCGCACCUUGAAAGAAGCGGACUUCAAGGCGUUCAUUAUAGAACUUGCGCUACAGCGUGUUGAAUCACACACCUCACUUGAGCUUUCCCGGCAGGUUGGCACGCCCAACAUCGCCUCGAAAGGCAAACCUGUGUCGCGCCAAGCACUUGUGCCUAGAAUCCUCUUUCCGCCCGGUCACCCUCACCACAAAUCCGACGCUAAGACUACUCUCAUUCAGGAACUUGCGUCUCCAACAGCUAUAGCCCCGGCCUCAAAAGUUGAGAGGAUACUCAAAAGCGCUACUCCCACAUGGACAUGGACUCCGACGAAGGACCACCGUAAAAUCCGCUUCAUCAUCAAUGUGCCCAAUCUGACUCGCGCGCACAUCUCAGACUCAACGCUCGACGUGGAACCAAGAAGAGUGAUGCUACACGUUCCUUCGUUGUACGACUUAGAUAUCGACCUUGAUGUGGCACCAGACACCGAGCCUACUACGGCCACGUACGGUCGUCUUGGUGAAGGAGCCACCGAGCUCAAAAGGUUUAGAGAUCUCGAUGUGGACGGUGCCAAGGCGGAGUGGAGGGUAGCCGAAAAGGUUAUAGUUCUUCUGGCUUAACAGGGCUUAGCAGCGCAGGCGCCAUAUCGCCGAGUCAGGGUAACCUUUGAUGAAAUGAAAAGCUUUAAAUAUCUAAGUGACAAUACAACCUUGUUACGCUUGUACACGCAGCAGAGAUAUUGGAACGUAAUCGCGAUAACUUAUCCUCAGGCUGCUCGGGUCGCGACUGCACACGAGCAACACUUCGGGUCCUGACAUAACGAUUAACGAGGUCGCGAAUUGUGCCCUA